CUCCUCCGAGCACCGGCUGCUUGCUGCUAGAUCAAAUCGACCGCACCCCCAGCUCCAUUUACCACCACAGCCAGAGCGCAUAGCGGAUCUGUUGUAGAGACAUCAACGCAUUACCGACGAAUUACACUCGAAGCGCAUAGAUAAACCGCCUGUUUACGGGCCGAGAUGGGAAGGAUGGGUGAGUUGCUCCGGGUUUCCCUUCUUGUUGUGUUCCUCCUGAACACUGAAUCGACAUGGGCCAAAAGAGCGGGCAGCAGCAGCAGAGGAAGCAGCAGCAGCAGCAAGAAAACCUCUACCACCAAUAGAGGUGGCACGCAGUCGAAGCCCUCCCCGAGCUACCCUCGACAGCCACAGAGUCCCAAUCGGAACCCCAAUCCAUAUCCUCCUGGUGGAAGUUACCCGGGAGCAGGCAAUCCGGGAGGAGUCCCAAGACAAAACCCACCUGCAGCUGGAUAUCCGGCUGCUGGUGGCUAUCCGCCCGCCGGUGGGAAUCCCGCCGCCGGUAGAUAUCCGGCCGCCGGUGGAAAUCCGCCCGCCGGGGGCUAUCCGCCCGCUGGGGGCUAUCCGAACCAAUACCCUGGGAGAGGGAAUUAUCCAAAUCAACAUCCACCUGCUGGAGGCUACCCAGCUGCUGGAGGCUACCCAGCUGCUGGAGGCUACCCAGCUGCUGGAGGCUAUCCCAACCAAUACCCAGGCAGAGCUGGCAACCCAGGCGGAUAUCCCAACCAGUACCCAGCUGCAGGUGGCUACCCAGCAGGAGGUGGCUACCCAGCAGGAGGUGGCUACCCGGUCAGAGGGGGAAAUACAGGUUGGGGUCAGCCUGGUGCAGGGGGUUACCCUGGUGGAGGGGGUGGUGGUUACCCUGGUGGAGGAGGUGGUGGUUAUCCUGGUGCAGGGGUUGGUGGUUACACCAACUGGAACCCAAAUAAUAAGAUCCUUAGUCCCCGCUAUGGCGGGGGAGGCUACGGCGGCGGAGGCUAUGGUGGGCAAGGGAUGGGAGGGUCUCCUUUCUCUCGUUCUGUGCAGGGAAUGGGUUACCAGCCCAAGUCUUCAGGUUUUGCCAAAAAAGCCAUGCUGGCAGCAGGCGUCGGGGCUGUGGCCGGGAUGGCUGUUGGGUAUGGACUAGGUCGCUUCCCUCGACCACACUUCAAUUUCCGCAAUCCUGAAGAAGAGCAGUACUACAACAACUACAUGUACAAACGCUACGGCACCCAGUCCACUGAUGAGAAGGACUACGGCCGCGAUUACGUCUACAAGCCUCCACCGCGGGCAGAGUCUUACGACAAGUUCAUGGAGCGCUGCAUGAACAGGACCGACCUCCUUAAAGAUGAGGGGAGCAGCUCGACCAGGCCCAAGAGUCAGGAUGGAGUUGGCGAAGAUGUAGACGACACCGUCAGCAUCGAGGAGAUUGGGUACCCGGCCCUGAUUGAGCAGCUGAAGUCCCGCCGCUGCGUCGAGCAGUUCAUGGUGUACUCGGAGCGCUUUCUGCAAGAACGAAAAGCCGAGCAACAAACCCAGUCGAAUCGCAGCAGCCCUCUGAGCGACGGGGCCAUUCAGCUUUUCACCUCCCUCCUAAUGCUGCUUUCCAGCAUGCUUCUUGUACAGUGAGAGCUGUUAAGUGUUUGUAUAAACAUAACCCCAAUGGAUGUCGACUUCCUCCAUUAUACCCGCACGUCCACACACUGCUGAAGUAUAUUAUCUCCAUGUAGUCAAUCCUAUCGCUAUUAUCGACACAGGUAGCCGAUGUUGAUGUAUAUAUUAACUAAACAAGUACAUUUCAAAAGGCAGAACUAGUUGUUUUAAAAUGUUAGUUAUAAUAUCAGUUGUGUGUUGUACAAGCUGCACUAAUCUGGUUUUCUGUUAACGCUUUCAAUAAGUUAUUUAGCGUCUCUGUUACAUUGUGUCAUAUUUUUUUGCUCCAUAUUAUAAUGCACUGAAUUCAUAGAGAACAGAUUCCAGGAACUUUAGUUCAUCUUUUAUGACACUUUGCUGUUAUAGCACGACUAUUACUGUGUAAGGCUGGAAUUUGUAUGUACAAAAAAAAGGAAAACCUAAAAUAACAUUUAGUCAAACUUUUCAUUUGAGCACUACAAGUCAAACCGAUGAGGUCCGUAAUAAUUCCAGAUUUUUAACCCUGAACCCAGAACUACCUUUUCAGCUUUCUAACUCUACCUUUUACUCACAGCAUCCUCAUGCAUCCUGCAAGCUUCAGGCUGCAUCUUCCUGGGAACAGUGAAUUCGACAGUCUGUCACGUUGUACGUGAAUACUGCAGAUCUGUUCCCAUCACACUCUUAACUUUCCAGAAUUUCGCAGCUCUCGGGGUUCGUUCUCAGCCUCCUUCUCUCGUUACUCCACACUGUCAGAGGGUUAGCGGGUCAGGUGUUGACCUGUGCAUACCUAAGUCUGCGGAUCACUAACUCUAGCCUGUCACGCUGUGCGCCUCCUUUUCAUCCCAAUGGGCUCGUGCAAGUUUUCUGUACAUUUUCAAAUGAUCUGUACAUUUAUUUUACAGUUGCAGCUUGUUUUAUUUUAUCUGACUGCUUCAAUGACUUACUCCCUUCUGGGAUUUGUAAUAUAAAAAGCGACUGUUUUUAAAAAAAUUCUCCAUGAAUGAACUUUGCAGGCUUUUCACCCAAGUAAACAAAACGUGUCCCUGUUCAUUUAUGUCCGCCAUUUGGACUACUCUGGGUAAUUAUUUAAUGUGUCACAACAAAGAAAAUGCAUACUGUUUUGUUGUGAUCAUUUGCACUGUUAUAAAGUGAUUUAAUUGUCUUCUUAUUUUACUUUUAUUUCUUGAAUCUUUGUGUUAAUCUGUUUUCAUACUGCACCCUGAGUCUUUACAUUUUCAUAUAGUAGGCUGUAGAAUAUCUGUGAAGUGCACUUAUUCCCUUUGGGUGUAGAUAUUCUGUAACUGCCAUUGAGCUCAUGCUGGGAAUAAAGACAUCUGUGUAAAUCUAACUGGUAGUAAAUGCUUUGGUUACUAAUGCAAUUUGUCAUGUUUAUGUCUUCAAUAAAAUGACUAACACUAA